UAUCCCAGCCGGGCAGCGACAGGAGGAAAUCUGUGCCAGCCGACUCCACGGGUAGCUGUCGGUGCUGUGGCAGGGUAAGCUUGCUGCUGCUUUUCCCAGCUGGGUCGUGCAUUGCCAUCUGCUUUGUGAAGGGGGUGGGGGCUCAGCUUGCUGGUGGGGCUGGAUGCUGCUUUUAGGCCUUUCCUGGGUAUGUGCCUUCACGAAGCCCUCAGGGGCAGGAUGUGAGCACCCAGAGCCUUGCUGCACAGCCAGGGAAGCUACCUUGUGGCUGGUUGUUUUCUAGCCUGAGUUAAAUGUUCCCUGUCUUACAGGGAAACUUCAAGUGCAGAUAAAUAUAACACAACUCCCCCCAAACAUCAGCACAGCUGAUGGUGGGUUUAGCCAGAGGAAGGGUAGGAGAAAGGAAGGCUAGUGGGCCUGACAGAGCCUGGCGGGAGGCCGUGACGACCCACCCCUGGGCAGAGGCUGGGGUGCUGCAGGAAGGGUCGGGCAUACUCCUUGCUGGAGCCGGGAUGGAGGAGGGCAGGCCCGGUUUUGGUACUUAGGGGAUGCAGCUUGGACCUGCCCAGAGCUAAGCCCAUCCCCCUGCCAGGAUAUGCCUAUGGAGGGCUCCUUGCAUUAGUGCCUUGCCACUGCUAUUUGCCAAUGGCAGACUGUAGAAGCCACUUAUAUUCGUUUAUUUGUUUGCUUAUUUAUUUUUCCUCAAUAUGGUUAAACUCUGUGGUGUAAUUCCCGGGGGCGUUGCUCCCUGGGCAGAGCCUGAGGAGGUUGCAGGGCUGUGGGAGGGCGGCCACAAGGGGCAGUGCUCCCUUCAGCUGCUCCUGUGGCUUCUCCGGUGGGGGUUGGUUUUCCCCACUUGCUGGCAGGUGAUGGGGAAGCAGAAGCGGGUAGUCCUGCUCAGGGAAAGCAACGUGUGACCCCAUCGAGAGGUGGCUGGAGAUCAGCCUUUCUUCUCCACGCUCACCUGUGUGGACACAAAUACCUGUAUGGUUUGGGGUAGUGACGGUGCUUUCUAGCUGAAAAGCAAGCCCUCGACGUGUUUUGCUGUUCCUCGAGAAAGCAGCCAUGAGGACUGUCCUGGUCUUUGCCUGCCUGGUGGGGAUGGCGUGCGCCUUCUCGGUCAAGAGCUGGCUGCGGCAAGCCAAGUCGGACGACUCGGAAGAAAAUGCGGUGUUCAAGAACAGGCAUCGGUAUUACCUGUACAGAUACGCCUACGUGCAUCCCCCGCAGCGACGGUACCAGGGCAGUGACUCAUCGGAGGAAGAGGGGGAUGGCUCGGAGGAGGAGGAGGAAGUGGGGGAGCCGUUCCAUGCUGACACCGAGGCAGCUGGCCACCUUGCCGGAGCAGCCCCUGGGGACAGCCAGGGCAGGCUGGGAGGAGACAUCGCAUCCCUCCAGCAGGGCAAGGACUGCCAAGGGCCCCUGAAGGGGGGCAGAAACAGGGCUGCUGGCAAGGGGGGUGACUCCGAAAAUGAAGAUAGUGACGAGAAUGAGGAGGAGGAGGAGGAGGAAGAAGAAGAGGUAGCUGAGAAUGAGAAUAGCGUCAACGGCACAAGCACCAACACCACCAAGGGGACAGAUGGACCUCACGGCAAUGGCACUGAGGUGGCUGAGGAGGGCACUGGUGCAGCUGAGGAGGAGGAAGAGGAGGAAGAAGAAGAAGAGGAAGAGGAAGAGGAGGAAGAGGAGAAAACCGAAGCCACCACUGUCGCCAGCACCACUGGUAAAGAGGGGCUGUCCCAGGCAACCACCAUGGGAGAUGGGGGACCCACGGAUGCCACCACAGCUGGGGACCAGUGGGAAUAUGAGGUGACAGCUGGGGGCCGUGGCCGAGGGGAUGAGGGCACCACCGAUGGCAGCUACAGGGAGCAGGACGAGUACGCCCGUGGGGACAGCUACCGGGCCUACGAGGAUGAGUAUGGCUACUACAAGGGCCAUGGCUAUGACGUGUAUGGCCAGGAUUACUACUACAGCCAGUGAGCGGGUGGGGGGUGGCCCCAGUGCUGCCCCCUGCCUGCCCCAUCCCACUCAGGAAUGUGCAUCCGAAGGCUCACUGCAGCCGCUGCGCACCAGAGGGGAUGCCAGGUGGCUCACGGUGUCCACUGGCUCUGUCCCAGGCUUUGGGGUUUUUUUUGUAUCUCACAAAGCGAAAUGAAAUAAAGCAACCGAACUGAGCUUCUUGGUGACAAAGGUUUGCUCCCAAAUUUGCUGGGGUCAGUGGGGCAGCAUGGUGCUUGGUGAGCUGAGGGGCUACAGGUGCUAAUGCUGCUCAGGGUUAAAUCUCUCUAUUCCAGCUCAGGAGGAAGGAGGGAGGAACAGAAAGGCUAACUAAGAAAGCCUCUGUAGAGUCACCUCCAAAAAAUGGAAAGGCAUUUAUUUUUAGGGUCACUGCU